AUGUAUUCUGGUUAUGAUAUCAAUGAUUUGGAUGAGUUGGAUUAUAGUGAGGAUACGGGUACCAAUGACUUAAUGGGGACUGACUCUGGUUCUAACCAGGGAAAUGACUUCCCUUCCUCCACAGAUAGCUUUCAUGGUGCAUCAUCCGAGAAAGCAACUGAGGAGGAAGAGGAGGAUAGUGUCGACAUACUCCACAAGAUCUCGAAUGGUUCCGAUAAUGCUCCGAGCGAGAAUCUCAAGUUCAUGAAGAAGGUGCAGGAUGCUCUUCUACUGGUGAAGAACCCCGAAGGCUCGAAUGACUCAGUCUCAAAAGCUCCGAUCUAUAUUUUGGAGUCUAUACUAGGGGUGAAUAUGGGUAAUCCUAUAUUCAAGGGCAUGAGAUUCAAAGACCCCAAAG